AUGGCUCGGAUACAAAACCACACUGCCGCGCUGCCUUUUCUGCAGAAGAGGAUCCUGGCGCUCCAGCAGGAACGCCACCUUUGGCAUUUUCUGCCUUUCCCCGAUUUGUCACAACCCCCAAGGGGCGCUUUGGGCCGGCGGGCACGGAGCACCUCCGGCGGCAGCGGGGCCGGAGCCCGGGCAGGCCGCAGCCAGGCCCGGUGUCGGUGCCGCCGCAGCCGGGCCGGAGCCACCGCAGCCAGGCCGGGCCGGGCCGGAGCCAGUCGGUGUCGGUGCCGCUGCAGCCAGGCCCGGGGCCGGUGUCGGUGCCGGAGCCGCCGCAGCGCUCGGCACAGCCGCGGCUCCUCCGCCCGCCGGGACGGGGCCGAGAGCGCGGGCUGCGAGCCCCAUAACAAUGGCCCUUUGUCCAGCUGUGGCCGCUUCCCCCUCCGCAGCCAGGCCUUAUCUGCUCAGGAAAUGCCUGCUUUAACUGACAGGGAGAAAGGAAAUAAAUGGGCGACUUUCAGCCUUGGCAGCUGUAAAUCUGUUACCAGGAUGAAGAAGGCAGAUGUACAGAUGUGCUGUUCUGUGGAGCUACUCCUGAUUUGCAGAGUUUCAGUGUUCACCAGGCAAGUCGGGAGCUGGACAGGAACCGUGGUGCCACACCUAGGGCAGAGCCCCUGAAGUGGAAUCAGUGAUUUAGCAGCCAGCUGCAAGCUACAGGCACACAAGAGCAUUUCUCUCUUCCAACUGCACACAACUGCAUUGCAGAAGGGACUUGGAUAUAUAUUA